ACCUCAUUCGGCCUCUAUCCACCGACGCAAACGGUAUACAAAUAUUGAUCAAACUCUAAAAUCCUCUUCGAGAACUCAAAUGCUGUUAAUGUUGUUUAAGUUAAAAAAUGUGAAUAGUUAUUUCAACAAAAUUACUUGAACAGAAGUAUAUGUAAGGUAGUGCUAGUUUGCGUCGAUAUAAAUCAUUAAUGUAUAAUUUGAGACUUUUUUGAAUUACAAUACAAGACAAUUUGUUACUUAAACCGUCAUAAUGUUUAAGAAUACGUUUCAAAGUGGUUUUCUAUCAAUUCUAUAUAGUAUUGGUAGUAAACCUUUACAAAUUUGGGACAAAAAAGUUAGAAAUGGACACAUAAAAAGAAUCACUGACAACGAUAUACAAAGUUUAGUUUUGGAAAUACUUGGUAGUAAUGUUAGUACAACAUAUAUCACAUGCCCAGCUGACCCAAGAAAAACGUUAGGUAUCAAGUUGCCUUUUCUUGUAAUGAUUAUCAAAAAUUUGAAGAAAUACUUCACAUUUGAAGUCCAAAUUAUAGAUGACAAGAAUGUGCGAAGACGUUUUCGAGCAAGUAAUUAUCAAUCAACAACAAGAGUAAAACCAUUCAUCUGUACAAUGCCAAUGAGAUUAGAUGAUGGUUGGAAUCAAAUACAGUUUAACUUGGCAGAUUUUACUCGAAGGGCAUAUGGCACAAACUAUGUGGAGACUUUGAGGGUACAGAUUCAUGCCAAUUGUAGGAUUCGAAGAAUUUACUUCUCUGAUCGUUUAUAUUCUGAAGAUGAAUUACCAGCCGAAUUCAAAUUAUUUUUGCCUAUUCAGAAUAAGGCUAAGUGUUGAUUUUGUACAGAUGACCUAGAAUUUAUUUUAAUUGACUCACUUUACAGACAAUUUUAAUUUUAAGAAAUCAUAAAAAUAGGAAACUGAAUUAUAAACUAUUCUUGUUUGAGAUGAGUAAUACUAACUGAAAUUAUGAAUCAAAGUAUUUGUAUAGAUAGUUUGAUGUUGCUAUAUCAACUAUUAUAAACUAUCAACAAAAUAAUUGUUAAAUGUGAUUUUGCACCAAAAUAAUAUGUCAAGGACAAUAUUGCAAAUUAAAGUACAGUUAUGUACCUACAUUAAAAUGGAUAUAUAAAAAAUAUGGCCUAUUACUUAAAUCAAUUAUAUUUCUAACCAGAACUUUUAUUUUUCUAAAAAUGUGCCUUUAUCUACAGCAUAUGGAUUUGAAAUAACUUGCUUGUAUAAAAUGAGUGCUUUUACUUGCACAGUAAAAAAAACAGGAAUUUGUCAAGGCUAAUUAUUAAAUGCUAAAAAUAAAAACCGUACAUUAUACG